AGGAGGCUGUUGCUUAGUGCCACGUUGAUGGAGACCAGUGGGGACGUGGAAAUCUGCCCUGAGAGUCCGCAGCCGGGACCCGGUAGCCCGUUCCUCUGCGUACACACCCGUUAUUCCUCGGAGCAGAAUCGAAACGGGAACUUCUUCAGGCCGGAGGUUGUGUGCGCCUAUCUUUGUUUCACUGUGGCGUUCAUGUGAGGAGCAGUCAAGAAGAGAAGGAUGAAACUUAAAGAGAUCAACCGCACAGCCAUCCAGAGCUGGAGUCCUGCUCAGCACCACCCUAUCUACCUAGCAACAGGAACAUCAGCCCAACAACUGGACGCCUCCUUCAGCACCAAUGCCUCCUUAGAGUUCUUCGAGUUGGACUUGGGUGAUCCGUCUCUGGACAUGAAGUCAUGCGGCAUCCUCUCCUCCACUCACAGAUAUCAUCAACUGGUGUGGGGUCCCUUCGGCAUGGACUCCCAGGGCUACCCGUCUGGUGUCUUGAUCGCAGGCGGGGAGAACGGGAACGUCAUCCUGUAUGAUGCUGCAAAGAUCAUGGCUGGAGAGAGUGACGUCAUCAUAGCUGAGAGUGACAGACACACAGGGCCAGUGAGGGCCCUUGAUGUCAACCAUUUCCAAACAAACUUGGUUGCAUCUGGUGGGAAUGAAUCUGAAAUUUACAUCUGGGACAUGAAUAAUUUUGGAUCUCCCAUGACACCAGGACCUAAAGCACAGCCUCAGGAGGACAUCAACUGCGUGGCGUGGAACAAACAGGUCCAGCACAUCCUGGCCUCGGCUAGCCCAAGUGGCAGAACCUCCGUGUGGGACCUCCGAAAGAACGACCUCAUUAUCAAAGUUAGCGACCACAGCAACAGAAUGCGUUGCUCUGGACUGGCCUGGAACCCUGAGGUGGCCACUCAGCUGGUCCUGGCCUCAGAGGACGACCGGCUGCCGGUCAUCCAGAUGUGGGACUUGCGUUUUGCUACCUCUCCUCUCAAGAUUUUAGAGCAUCACACACGAGGUGUCCUGGCCAUCGCCUGGAGCUUGGCUGAUCCUGAGCUGCUGCUAAGCUGCGGGAAGGACAGCCGGAUUCUGUGCUGGAAUCCAAACACAGGAGAGGUGCUGUAUGAGAUGCCCACCAGCAGCCAGUGGUGCUUUGACAUCCAGUGGUGCCCCAGAAACCCUGCGGUGCUGUCAGCUGCAUGCUUCGAUGGACACAUCGACAUCUACUCCAUCAUGGGAGGCAGCAGCCAGGCGCAGAGCCAAAGGCACGCAGACCAAAUCAGCAACUCCUUUGGUAACAUGGAUCCUUUUGGGACGGGACAAACACUGCCUCCGCUGCAGCUGCCACAGACCACCACUACUCCAACUACAGUCAACCCCCUGAAGAAGCCCCCCAAGUGGAUCUGCAGACCAGUUGGAGCCUCCUUUGCUUUUGGAGGGAAGCUGGUGUCUAUGGAGAACACAAAGCCUCAGCAGCACACAUCCCAUGUUGUUCACAUCAGUCAGGUUGUUACAGAAACGGCCUUUUUGGAACGCUCCAGUCAGCUGCAGGCCACCCUGAGCUCUGGAAGCUUUGUGGGUUUCUGCCAGGAGAAGAUCAGUGCAGCUGGGAAUGAGUUUGAGAGAACAGUUUGGUCCUUCCUGAAGGUGAAUUUUGAAAGCGAUGUCCGCAGCAAAUACCUGGAACUCCUGGGUUACGACAAAGAGGAGGUCGCCCUAAAGAUUUCGGCAGCUUUAGAGGAGAAACCUCCUGACAUUCCUCAGGUGGACUCAUCUGCCUCAUUGCAGCCUUUAGCAGACCUCAGCCUGGCGCCACCUGCUGACAAUCCAGAGGCAGCAUUCGAUUUGAUCGCUGCCACGCUGCAGCUGGAUUCCACUCCUGAUCCAGACAGCGAGGAGCCAGCCGAGCCAGGUGUUUUUAACAGUGAACUGGACACAAACGUGGACCAGGAGGAGGAUGAGAUUGAUGAGAAGCAGGAAGAAGAGGGGGAGAUUCCUCUUAAUGAGGAGCUGAUAGCCCAAGUGGAGGUGGAGGAGAGCAGCCCUGUUAAGACACCAGCGGAGAUCCCACCUCCGGUCCCAACUCCUGCAGGAGGAGUCCAUCUCAGUGUCAGUCAAGAUGUGGAUGGGCUGAUCACUCAGGCUCUGCUCACUGGAGACUUUGAGGGCGCUGUGGAGCUCUGUCUCCAUGACAACCGAAUGGCAGACAGCAUCAUCCUGGCUAUCGCCGGAGGAGCCGACCUCUUAGUGAAAACCCAGAAGAAGUAUUUCAACAAAGCAAACAGCAAAAUCACUAAGCUGAUCAGUGCCGUGGUCAUGAAAGACUGGCACGACAUCCUGAAGACAUGUGAUCUGCAGAACUGGAGGGAGGCUCUGGCUGCCGUCAUGACCUACGCUCAGCCCGAGGACUUCUCUUCCCUCUGUGACCUUCUGGGCAGCAGGCUGGAGGCAGCAGAAGACCCCCAGCUUCAGUCUCAGGCCUGUCUGUGUUACAUCUGCGCGGGUAACGUGGAGAAGCUUGUGUCCUGCUGGAGCAGAGCUCAGGAUGGACAUUGCCCUAUUUCCCUGCAGGAUCUGGUGGAGAAGGUGGUGGUGCUGCGUAGGGCAGUGGAGCUGACCCAGCUCUCUGGUCCCGCUGCGAUCGGCAUCCUGCUGGCGGAAAAGAUGAGCCAGUACGCCAACCUGCUGGCCUCUCAGGGCAGUCUAUCCACGGCCAUCACAUACCUGCCCGAAAACACCAACCAGGUUGCCGUGCAGCAGCUUCGUGACCGUCUCUUCCAGGCCCUGGGACAGCAAACAGCUCCAGCACUGGCCCACAGAGCUGCGUCUCAGCUGCCCAACUGUCCGACUCAGCAUGGCUCAGCUCUUCCCCAGCCCCCGUUCUCCCAGGUCCAGGCUAUGGUCCCUCAACCUACUGCAGGAGCACCUGCGCCUGGAUCCACACCUGGCUCUACUCCAUCUCAGCCUCAGUAUUACCAGCCGGUGAGGGCAGCUUCCACUGUCACCUCCUGGAGUAACCAAACUCCCACAGCCCUCCCAAAUGUCCCUCCUCCUCAUCAUGUAGGCAGCGCCUCAGACCAGCAGGUGGGGCCUUUGAACCCCGUGUACGGCCUGCCAGCCUCCAGCACACCAGCGGCUCCUUCGGCCUCCUCCACUCCUGCAUACAUGUACUCCUGUCAGUACCAGCCCUACCCCCAGGUCAACCAGUACCCGCCUGGAGCUGGGGGGGCUCCUAUCUAUCAGCCUUUUCAGUACUCUUCUUCUGCUCCUCCCGCUGAGCCCUCCUCCCCUCCUCACCCUCCCGGCUUCCUCUCUCAGUACACUCAGCCCAUCCCAUCUCAGCCAGCGCCUUCUCCUCUCUACCCGGGACAGCCUCCUCUCAGCCAGGGUCUGUCCUCCUCUCCCCCCUCUCACCCUCCAUUCUUUCCCACCUCGUCUUCCUACUCCGCUCCUCCGUCCUCCGGAGCGUCUUUCCAGCAUGGCGGGCCAGGAUCUCAUGUGUCGUACAUGCCUCCUCCUCCUCUUCAUCCUCCACCCAGCGGAGCCUCAGGACCUCAGAAUGGCUGGAACGACCCGCCGGCUCUGACCAGAGCACCAAAGAAGAAGCAGGUGACAGAGAACUACACCCCACCCGCCCCAAUCACUGCUCCCAUCUUGACCCCGCUGGGUGCUGACCCUCAGACACAGCCCAUGUCCUCCGGAGCCCCCCAGGCUAUGGUGCAGGGUCUCCACAAUGCCCAGGUCCCAUACUCAGGCAUGCAUCAGACACAGCUCUCUGCUCAAACCACCAACCCUACAAUGGCCAACUCCAACAUGGAGGGUGCACCUGGAGCUCCAACAGGAGAUGCUAUUCAGCCUCUGCAUUCAAUCCCUGCUGAGAAAAUCAUGAAGAAGCCCAUCCCUGAUGAGCACUUGGUCCUGAAGACCACAUUCGAAGGGCUGAUCCAGAGGUGCUUGGCGGUAGCUACUGACCCUCAAACCAAGAGGAAGCUUGACGAUGCCAACAAACGUUUGGAAGCACUCUACGACAAACUCAGAGAGCAGACGCUCUCUCCCGCCAUCGUAGGAGGGCUUCAUAACAUAGCCAGGACCAUCGACUCUCGAUCCUACACGGAGGGCCUCAACAUCCACACCCACAUCGUCAGCAACAGCAACUUCAGCGAGACGUCCGCGUUCAUGCCUGUACUGAAGGUGGUGCUGACACAAGCCAACAAGCUUGGUGUUUGAGAUCCGAGUGGUCCGAGUUGGAGCUCAGACUCCAUUGGCUGCUUGUUUCACAGGGAGCUUCAUUUGACUCAUGACUCGCAAAUGACUUCUGAGACUUUUUAACAGUAAUGAUGAGCUUUUCUUUGUGCCAUUCAUGUUUUUAUGAUGCAACUCAAACAAGCCAUGCGGUCAGUCACGCUCAGUGGUGAAAGUAAAUAUUGAGUCAAAUAAAGGGCUAUUCAGAGAAACCACAUCAACCUUUACAUAGGCAGGCAAAUUCUGAAAAAUAGGUUUGAAUCAGAUGUGUCAUUAUGUUGAUAUCUGGGGAAGUUCAUUAAUAUGCAAAACUGUUUUUAAGGUAAAAUUAAAAAUAUAAAAAUGUCAGGAGUGAUGAUGAAGAAGCAUAAGGGAUGUUUAAGGGCAUCGAAUCAGUGUUAUAUCAAUUAAAGCUACUACUAUAAAUUAUGUAUUAAUGGCAGAUUUCUGCCGCACGCUUUAAACUCUCAAUUCAUGCAAUAAUGCAAGUUUUACAUUUAGAAAAUUUUAGGUUGUUCAUCGUUAUAUUCUCUAAUCUGUGCACUACAGCAUUGCUUUGAUACGAUCCAUGAAUUCAGUGAUUCUUCUCAUUUAGGUGCGGGUUGCAUCAGCAUGCAUACAGUUUGCAGACCAACGUGAUGUUAAACUGUUCAUUUAAACUAAAAAUACAAUAUAAACCGGGCAUUGUAUAAUCAGUGCCAGUUGCUAUUUACAUGCAUGUUUGUGUUGCAGCCUCACUUUCAGCUCACUUACUUUCACCACUGGUGUCACUGCAGUCAACACAUUGGAUCGACAUGUUGUCAGUGUGCAGCAGUGUAGUCCCUCGUGUUGAAAAUAUCAAUUUCUUUUUUAAAUUAAUUUCCUUUUAUGUUCUGUUUUACUUAUUUUUUAGUAGUGUAAUCACGAGGCUCAACAGUGUGCAAUGAACUUUACAGAAACAAGCUUUUAUUGUAUUUCAACGUAUGCAUGCUCACACACAUGCUCGACUGUCUUUAAAGAGUUAGAGGUAAUUCUGUGCUGAUUAGUCGGACCUCAGAGGGAAACUGGAAGGAGGCUUGUACUUGAUAUUCAUUCCAGCUAUGAUUGCUGCAACCAGAUUGGUCGACCUCGAUUUAUGUCGUAGAAAAAAACAAGUCGUUGUUUUUGACUGACUACAGACAAUAUUUUCAAUAAAUAAUAUUUAUUUACAAAA